GUGACAAGCCCUGGCUUCCUUUUCCGUUAAACAGCUCCUGUUGACGACAGCGGAUCGAGAGCCAGCGAGGUUAAAACAAAAAAAAUAACAAUUUAUUUUGUCUUCCGCGGUUAUCGACAAGCUUUGAAAAUGUCGGCCAUUCAGAGGAUGAAAAUUGCGAACGAAAAACACAGCAAAACCAUCACGCAGCGAGGCAACGUCCAAAAAAACACGAGAGUUGUAACUGAAGACAAGUCUCCAGUGGGACCGUGGCUCCUGGCUCUCUUUGUCUUUGUGGUUUGUGGAUCAGCUAUAUUCCAGAUCAUUCAGAGCAUCCGACACGGAGCCUAAUGGAACAAGCUAGUCAACAGAACGAAAUUGUGAAGAAAACUACACCAACCCCUCCCUUCUCCCCCCUCCCUUCUCCCCCUUCUCCGUAUUCCUGUGCACACAGUCACCCUGUUUUUAUAGAGAGCAUUUUUUAACUAAAACGUUCGUUUUAAAGAAUGUUACUGUGGGGUUUUUUUAAGAUAGUUUCUUUUUAAUGGUCUUUAAUGUUUUAUAUAGGACUUUGCAAUGUGUUUUGUGUGCAGAGUUGCAAAUAUCUGAGCUGUGGAUGACGUGGCAGCUGAACCAUCUGAGAAAUGCUCGCAGGACUUUUUGUUUUUUGACUGUCUGGGGGGGGCGGGGAGGGGGGAAUCUGGGUCUGCUGCCCCCACAUUCUCGUGGAAGGACCGCACUGGGUGGCAAAUGGUGCACGGGGUAUUUGUUAGUAUUUCUGGAAGCAAAUCCUGUCUGUAGUUUGUGUGGCAGUGACACUAGACUUCCCAGCAGCCUUUGCAAUCCCAAUCGCUGUGUCUCCUAGGAGUCAUGUGAUCAUGCAACUUACAUGAGUCUUUACAAACAGGGCAUUUAUUGGUGGUUCUUUAAAAAAUGGUUGCAUACAUACAUAGAUAGAUAUAUAUAUGUGUGUGUGUGUGUGUGUAGGGUUGGGGUUAACUUUUAAUUAAAAGUGUGUGGGAACUGGGAAUGGAUUUUAGAAAGGAAUUGACCCCCCCAAAACCUGGUAACGAUAAAUAAAUCAAAUGCACCCUUUGCCAGGAAGUGUGCGUGACCCUGAGCGAGUCACUUCACCUCCUUGUGCUCCGUCCUUCGGAUGAGACGUCAAACAAACGAGCUCCUAUUGGAAGUGACUCUGCAGCAGCAGCAGCAGUUGUUGAUGAUGCAGAGUUCACCCCCCCCUAGUCUCUGUGAGUCGCUUUGGAUAAAAGCGUCUGAUAAAUGACUCAUAAUAAUUUAAAAAAAAAUGUCAAUCUCCAGAAAAGGCUCUUCAAUUCUCAUUGGCUAGCCUGAAGAGAGAGAUGCUGAUUGGCUAGCCACGGUUUGCACGUUUCUAAUUGGCUGCGGUCUGUGCCGCCCGGGUUAAAAAAAAUACUCCUCUAACAAACCCUGUGUCUCAAGCUAUGUACGUUUAUAUGCACCCAAUAAAAGGUGGUCGAUAACGAUGUGUUCUCUUGAAAUAGAUUUGAAUUCUUAAUCUUAAGAUAAUAGCCAUACUGCAACUGUACCACUGCCUUUUAUCAUGCGGAUGAUGUGCAACUUUUAUACAAAUUAAAAUAUUUUCUCAAGUC